AUGACUAUGGAUUUUGAGGAAUUAGGCGAACAAAUUGACUUAGAUCGGAGUGGAUCAUAUAAAAUCCUAUAUGCUAAUAGUGACCAACAAAAUUACUCCAUGUCACUUGAGAAUAUCUUAAAUGCUUCAAAUGAAGAUAAUAAACUUGAUUCAAUUGACGCGAAAGUUAAACUAAAUUCGCAAGUCAUUAGGGUUGAUGCUCAUGAGUUUAUCCUCAAUAAAAUGAGUAUAGAACAUUUGUUACUAAAUAAUAAUAAGCAAGAGGAAAUGUUCCUUAACUGUACAGAUUACUUUUCAGGAAUAUCCAAGGAGGAUAUCGAAGAUUUUGAGAAAAAAGAGAUGAUUGAUGAUUUUGAAUUGAUCAUCAAUUUAUCAGAUAAUGUCAUAAAUGAAAGAACCAGCAUAGUUGAGAGUGAUGAUUCAAUUAACUCGUCUGUAAUUGUAUCACAAGGAUCUGGUUCUGAUGAGCAAAUGGAACGAGAUGUUUCAUUUGAGAGUUCGAAUCGCUCACUAAAUUUCGACGAUACGAAUAUUGACCUUUUAAGAGAUUUAAGAUCAAAUGUUUUAAAAAUUGAAGGAAUACUCAAUAUAUCUCAAUCCGAAACAAAUGUACAGGAAGUUACAGCGAAUGUACCAAUCGAUGAUAAUCAAGUAGAUAUGUUUUGGCAAGAUGAACAUCAAAAUGAUUCUACCAAUUUACCAAAGUUUCAAUAUCUUUCAGAAAAAUUUACAGAAGGCCUUGAAAGUGAGCAAGAUGAGCAAAAUUCCACCUCUCAUCAGGAUGAUUUGAUCGAGCCAAGUAUGAUGAUUCCAGAAAUGCAUAAUGAACUUGAAAAGGUAUAUAAUGAUGACAAGGGCAUAGAUGUAUCCAUUAAUAUCAUUGGAGACAAUAACAAAGAGACUGAAAAGGAAACUAAAAGCAACCAGUUAAAUGAAUAUAGCGAACUCAUGAACGAACAUCUCAAUUUUCACGAACAACCUUACUCUAUAUUUGACAAUAUGAUAUUUGAAGAAUCCUACACGAGUUCACAAUCAGAUUCAUUCGAAGAAGAGGAGUUACUUCCGAUCCUUUCUAACGUCUCUGUAAGUGAUCAAAGUUUAGAUAAUAAUGAAAUAAUCAUAUCCGAUGACGAAAAGAUUUCAAGCGACUUACAAUUAUCCGAACAAGUUGAUACCUGCGAUGAUAAGAUUAAAUCAUCCAAUAAAAAUAUUUUACCAGGAUCACUUGAAUGUGAGCAAAAAAAAAGUGAUGGUAAUGAACAGAACAUGAACGAACUAUCAAUUGGUGAAAAGGUAAUAGAAGAUUCUGGAAAUGAUGGUACUUCUAAAGAAAAAUCUCACGUGAAUGACUCGAUAAUGGAAUCUAUUAAGUGUGAAAAUGGAACAUCUACAUCUCCUAAAGAAUCAAACAAAUUAGCUAAGACAUCGUCAGUAAUAGUAACUAGAAGUAUGAUUGCCUCACUCAACUUAAAAGAAUCAUCUACAAGUUUAAUGAGUUUAGAAGAAAAGAAACAGCUGCUUUUGGAAGUACGCAAAAAGAAAAUGAUGUUACAUAAUAGUAUCCUUCGGAGUGAGCAAGAACAAGUCGUUGGUGAAAAGGAUAGGGAGAAUGAUGCGACAUUCAAAUCACAAAAUUCUCUUCUAUCUUCCAAAAAGAAAACAACUAAUAAAUUAAACACAACACUCAAUCGAUUAACUAGACAAAAUACAGAUAGGAAUAAAGAAUAUCGAUGUGAAUUCAACGUAGUAGUAGUACGAAAGAACGUUCCAAAACCGUUAAGUCCCGCUUCUAAACUUCAUGAGAAAAUGAAAAAUGGAGGAGGGAUCAUCUCUUCUUUAAGGUCACGUAAUAAUCAUGGAAAGGAUAAUACGGGCUCACACAUUCCCGUUUUGAAAUCACGUGGUGGACGACAAAAUCAAGACGAAUCGUCUUCUAGUAAAGGAGUUCAUUGGGAUGAAGAAAGAUUGACACAAGAAUUGUCUCAUGUUGUAAGUUCAUCUCCCAGAAUAGCAAGACAAAAACCAAUUCCUAAAUCAUGCUUAAAAUCGACGAAUCCACCCAUAGAUUCGUUGGGGAAUGUUAUUGAUGCAGAUAGUAGUCUAACACCCGUGAUAAAACGGGGAAUCAAAGUUACCGUAAAGCAAAUCAAGUAUAGAGGUGAAUAG